UCGGUAAUAGGCGGAGCUCAAACCGAAGUUUUUAUUUCAAGUAAAACCCAGCGAUAUAGUAUAAAUCUUGUGAGAAAAUAAUAUCAAACAGUGAUCGCUCUACAGUACGUAAUGUUAGUAAUGAAAUAAUUAAUGUAUUUUAAACAAAUAUCUAGUAUAAACAGCUGAUAAUGUGUUGGAAAUCCACAAACCGCUGCCUGUGUUUACCGUUGAGGCAUGGGUUGGUUACUUAUGGAUAUUUUGGUUUGGUAGUAAAUUAUCUGAGUAUACUGCAUGAGCUAUUCCAGCUGAGCGACUGCGCGGACAGCGAGGGUCCGUUUUAUCCGUCUGAAUUCAUAAAAUUGUCGCUGACCUUUUCUUCGAUGAUCAUAAAUUUAAUAUUUCACAUCAUUUUGGUCGCUGGACUGCACAGAAAAAGCCGUGGCCUAUUAGAAGUUUUCUACGGAUACCAAUCGCUACUAAUUAUCAUUGAAGUAAUAGUCUCCUCACUUUACCUGCCACUGCAGAUACACAAGAACUACCAGACAGUUACACAUUAUGUUAUGUGGUUAACACUUGUAGUUGGGAUCCCGUUUAUAAUAUUAUUAUUACUUCAAGUAUACCUUAUAACUAAAAUUCGUAGUUACAUAAACACAUUGGAGGAUUUAAAAGACGGAAGUUACGAACCAGCUGUCGACGGUUUGUUGGACGAAGAUUGCACUCUACAAUCUUACAACAGGAUGAAUGAUCAUUGUGAUCAGUAUGAAUUAGGAAAAAUGACUGAUUUCACAUCAAUAUAGUAUUAUUAAAAUAAAAAAUAAAAACACAGCCUUCACAUUCUUUACGUAUCUACGUAUUUUAGAAUAAAUUUCGCAUAGCCCUACCCUUAAAGGCAACGUUUUAACCUGUUCGGUUUGCCUCAAUAGUAUAAAUGAAAUGUUAAGUAAAAUUUUAUUUUAAAACCAAACAGAACAUAA